AUGCCACCAAAGAAAGGAAAGCAGGCCCAGGUGGCUGGUAAGAAGAAGGAUAAUGUCGACAAGACGUUCGGUAUGAAGAACAAGAACCGUUCAACUAAAGUCCAAAGGUUCAUCAAGCAAGUGCAGUCGCAGUCCGAUCCCAAGAAAGAAGAGAUGAGGUUAAAGAAACUCGAGGAAAAAAAGCGCAGAGAAGCCGAAGAGGCUGAACGAAGAGCACUAUUCAACCCUGUAGCAGACCAAAGGGUUCGUGCAGGCGUGGACCCCAAGUCCAUGGUUUGUGCUCUGUUCAAACUGGGGAAUUGUAACAAAGGUGCCAAAUGUAAAUUCUCACACGAUUUGAACGUCGGCAGAAGAAUGGAAAAGAAAGAUUUAUAUCAAGAUACAAGAAGUGAAAAGGAAAAGGACACAAUGGAUAACUGGGAUGAGGAAAAGUUGAGAAAGGUUAUCUUGUCGAAGCACGGUAACCUAAAGACCACCACUGAUAAGGUAUGCAAAUACUUUGUCGAGGCUGUGGAAAACGGUAAAUACGGUUGGUUUUGGAUUUGCCCUAACGGAGGUGACAAAUGUAUGUACAGACACUCUCUACCAGAGGGCUUUGUACUGAAGACCAACGAACAGAAGAGGCUCGAGAGGGAGUCGCUGGAGAAGCAACCAAAAAUUACGCUAGAGGAGUUCAUUGAAACAGAAAGGGGCAAACUGGAUAAGACUAAGCUAACACCAAUAACAAUCGCUAACUUCGCCCAGUGGAAGAAGGACCACAUCAUCGCCAAGAUUAAUGCGGAAAAGAAGUUAACUAGUAAGAGGAAACCCACAGGUAGAGAAAUCAUCCUGAAGAUGAGCGCCGAGAACAAGUCAUUUGAAACGGAUUACACCGACCUGGCAGACGAUGUCACCCAAGGAUCCGCAUGGGAUCUCACUGAGUUUACGGAUGCCUUAAAAAAGGCUGACCACCAAGACGACGGCGGCAUCAAGGACUACGGUGACGGUAGCAACCCCACCUUCGACAUCAAAAAAGUCAGCUCUGCCACGCUCGCAUAG